GCAAAGAUCCAAUUUGCAUCUCAAAAAAGUCAAUAAGCCAUCGCGAGAGAGAGAGAGAGAGAGAAGGAGAGAUUGCCGCCGGCGAUCGGUGCAGGAACGGACGUCCAUCGAAGAAGAGGAAGAAGCAGUCUCCGUCGUCGUCCAUCGGAGAGAAUCAGUUUCAGGAAGAAGAAAAUUAAGGAUGGCGGGAAGCUCUGGGUUUCAGCUGGGUGUGGUUGGAUCACUGACUCUCUCUGUCGCCUCAUCAGUUUCGAUCGUCAUAUGCAACAAAGCUCUGAUGAGCACUCUUGGCUUCCCUUUCGCCACAACGUUAACAAGCUGGCAUCUAAUGGUGACCUUUUGCUCGCUCUAUGCCGCACAGCGCUUCCACUUCUUCGAGCCGAAAUCCAUCGAUGCGAAGACGGUGAUCCUCUUCGGCUUCCUCAAUGGAUCCUCCAUUGGCUUCCUUAACCUCAGCCUCGGCUUCAACUCCAUUGGAUUCUACCAGAUGACCAAACUUGCCAUCAUACCUUUUACUGUCCUGCUGGAGACUCUGUUCCUCAACAAAACUUUCAGUCAGAGCAUUAAGCUGUCUUUGCUUGUCCUCCUGCUCGGUGUCGGCAUUGCUUCGGUUACAGAUCUUAACCUCAAUUUUGUUGGUUCUGUCCUCUCUGCUCUGGCCAUCGCUACCACAUGUGUUGGACAAAUUAUGACAAACACAAUUCAGAAGAGGUUGAAGGUUUCCUCCACGCAGCUUCUGUAUCAGUCAUCUCCGUACCAAGCUGCUAUUCUAUUCGCCACCGGCCCAUUCGUCGAUCAGUUGCUCACCAAUCAAAGCGUGUUCUCCUACGACUACAAACUCAUAGUUCUGGCAUUUAUAGUGCUGUCUUGCUCGAUCGCUGUAAUUGUAAACUUCAGCACCUUUUUGGUGAUCGGGACGACGUCGCCGGUGACAUAUCAAGUGCUCGGCCACCUCAAGACUUGCCUCAUCCUCUUCAUCGGCUACAUUAUACUGCACGAUCCUUUCACGGUCAGGAACAUUGUGGGAAUCCUAAUCGCCAUCUUCGGGAUGGCUCUCUACUCAUACUUCUCUGUGCAAGAGAGCCAAAGGAAAUCAGCAAGUGAUGUGUUGCCCGUUUCACAGAUGGCACAGAAGGAGGCGGCGCCACUUUUGGCUAUCCAAAAUAACGACGAUGGGACCGCAAAAUGAAAAUGGAGCUCCUGCAGCUGAUCUAUAAGGAUUCUCUUGAGAAGCACCGCCAAGUUCUUAUAUCAAGACGUUAAAAUGGAUAGGUCUCUCUCCAUUCCUUUUAGUGUGCCUUGUUUUUGCAAAUGUUCACAAGCUAUUCUUUCAUUCAUUCAUUCACGCGUAUGCUCGGUUUUGCGGAUGUGCGAGUGGGAGAAUGCUUGCAAUUUUUCUCCUUUGAUUCUAAUUAUUUAGCACUAU